CUUCCCGGCAGCCCUAGCGCCUUGCCCGGCGCUCCUCAAGAUGGCGGCAGACAGCGAGCCCGAGUCCGAGGUAUUUGAGAUAACGGACUUCACUACUGCUUCGGAAUGGGAAAGGUUUAUUUCCAAAGUUGAAGAAGUCUUAAAUGACUGGAAACUGAUUGGAAACUCUUUGGGAAAACCACUUGAAAAGGGUAUAUUUACUUCUGGCACAUGGGAAGAGAAAUCAGAUGAAAUUUCCUUUGCUGACUUCAAGUUCUCAGUCACUCAUCAUUAUCUUGUACAAGACUCCACUGAUAAAGAGGGAAAAGAUGAAGUAUUGGAAGAUGUUAUUCCACAAUCUAUGCAGGAUUUGUUGUGUAUGAAUAAUGACUUUCCUCCAAGAGCACAUUGCCUGGUAAGAUGGUAUGGACUGCGGGAGUUUGUGGUGAUUGCCCCUGCUGCAAACCAUGAUGCAGUUCUCAGUGAAUCUAAGUGCAAUCUUCUUCUGAGUUCUGUGUCUAUUGCUUUGGGAAACACUGGCUGCCAGGUGCCACUCUUUGUGCAAAUUCAUCACAAAUGGCGACGAAUGUAUGUGGGCGAAUGUCAGGGUCAUGGUGUCCGAACUGAUUUUGAAAUGGUUCAUCUUCGGAAAGUGCCAAAUCAGUACACUCAUUUAUCAGGUCUGCUGGACAUCUUCAAAUCAAAGAUUGGAUGUCCUUUAACUCCUUUGCCUCCAGUUAGUAUUGCUAUUCGCUUUACGUACGUACUUCAGGAUUGGCAGCAGUAUUUUUGGCCUCAGCAACCUCCAGAUAUAGAUGCCCUUGUAGGAGGAGAAGUUGGAGGCCUGGAGUUUGGCAAGUUGCCAUUUGGUGCCUGUGAAGAUCCUAUAAGUGAACUCCAUUUAGCAACUACAUGGCCUCACCUGACUGAAGGUAUCGUUGUGGAUAAUGAUGUUUAUUCUGAUUUGGAUCCUAUUCAGGCUCCCCAUUGGUCUGUUAGAGUUCGAAAAGCUGAGAACCCUCAAUGUUUGCUGGGUGAUUUUGUCACUGAAUUCUUUAAAAUUUGCCGUCGAAAGGAGUCAACUGAUGAGAUUCUUGGACGAUCCACAUUUGAAGAAGAAGGGAGAGAAAUUGCUGAUAUAACUCAUGCUUUGUCAAAAUUGACAGAGCCAGCACCGGUUCCAAUUCAUAAAUUAUCAGUUUCAAAUAUGGUACACACUGCAAAGAAGAAAAUACGAAAACACAGAGGUGUAGAAGAGUCACCACUGAAUAAUGAUGUCCUCAAUACUAUUCUCUUGUUCUUAUUCCCUGAUGCUGCUUCUGAGAAACCAUUAGAUGGAAGUUCUUCCAUAGACAGCAAUAAUCCUGUAUCAGAGAGUGAAGAUUAUAAUCUCUACAAUCAGUUCAAAUCUGCACCAUCUGACAGUUUAACAUACAAAUUGGCUUUGUGUCUUUGUAUGAUCAAUUUCUACCAUGGAGGAUUGAAAGGAGUGGCACACCUCUGGCAGGAAUUUGUUCUUGAAAUGCGUUUCAGAUGGGAAAACAACUUUCUGAUUCCAGGAUUGGCAAGUGGACCCCCAGAUCUAAGAUGUUGUUUACUGCAUCAGAAACUACAGAUGUUAAAUUGUUGUAUUGAAAGAAAGAAGGCCCGUGAUGAGGGGAGAAAGACAAAUACCUCAGAUAUGUAUCCAGGGGAUGCUGGAAAAGCUGGAGACCAGCUGGGGCCAGAUAAUCUAAAAGAUAUGGAUAAGGAAAAGGGAGAGGUAGGAAAAUCUUGGGAUUCUUGGAGUGACAGUGAAGAAGAAUUUUUUGAAUGCCUAAGUGAUACUGAAGAACUUAAGGGAAAUGGACAAGAGAGUGGCAAGAAAGGAGGACCUAAGGAGAUGACAAGCUUAAAACCGGAAGGACGACUAUAUCAGCAUGGAAAACUCACCCUGCUGCAUAAUGGAGAACCUCUCUACAUUCCAGUGACCCAGGAACCAGCACCUAUGACAGAAGAUCUGCUAGAAGAGCAGUCGGAGGUUCUGGCUAAAUUAGGUACAUCAGCAGAAGGGGCUCACCUCCGAGCACGCAUGCAGAGUGCCUGUCUGCUUUCAGAUAUGGAGUCUUUUAAGGCAGCUAAUCCAGGUUGUUUUCUGGAAGAUUUUGUGAGGUGGUACUCACCCCGGGAUUAUAUUGAAGAGGAAGUCAUUGAUGAAAAGGGCAACAUGGUUCUGAAAGGAGAACUGAGUGCCCGAAUGAAGAUUCCAAGCAAUAUGUGGGUAGAAGCCUGGGAAACAGCUAAGCCAAUUCCUGCUAGAAGGCAGAGGAGACUUUUUGAUGAUACACGGGAAGCAGAAAAGGUGCUGCACUAUCUGGCAGUACAGAAACCUGCAGACCUGGCUCGGCACCUGUUACCUUGUGUAAUUCAUGCAGCUGUACUCAAGGUAAAAGAAGAAGAAAAUCUGGAAAACAUUUCUUCAGUUAAGAAGAUUAUAAAGCAGAUAAUAACCCAUUCCAGUAAAGUUUUGCACUUCCCCAAUCCAGAAGACAAGAAAUUGGAAGAAAUCAUCCUUCAAAUUACUAAUGUAGAAGCUAUAAUUGCCAGAGCCCGCUCACUGAAAGCCAAGUUUGGAACUGAGAAAUGUGAACAAGAGGAGGAAAAAGAAGAUCUUGAAAGGUUUGUGAGUUGCCUUUUGGAACAGCCUGAAGUGUUAGUCGUGGGUGCAGGAAGAGGACAUGCUGGCAAAAUCAUUCACAAGCUGUUUGUGAAUGCUCAGAGGGCUGCAGCCAUGGCUCCACCGGAGGAGGAACUGAAGAGAAUGGGCUCUCCAGAAGAGAGAAGGCAGAACUCGGUGUCAGACUUCCCGCCUCCUGCCGGCCGGGAACUCAUUUUGCGCACCACUGUGCCGCGCCCGGCUCCAUACUCCCGAGCUCUGCCUCAGCGCAUGUACAGUGUUCUCACCAAAGAGGAUUUCAGACUUGCAGGUGCCUUUUCGUCAGAUACCUCCUUCUUCUAAUUCUAAAGCCACUCAUUUAUGGCUUCAGAGGAAGGGAGGUUGUGCCAGUCAGAACUUGAGAGGUCAUGAAGAGGACCUGUCCGGUCCAAUGGUCAGGAAUCAUACCAGCAUCUGAAAGACUUUCCAGCACCAUACUUGGGCUUUGUUGUAUCUUCGUUGGGUCAGAGAGAAUGGACUUGAGCUGUUGAAAGAUUUGUUCCCCAAAGAGAUGGCCCUUGUUUGACCAGGGGUUGGGGGUAGGAGGUGGUGGGAUGUGCAGGGACCAGAAAAACAGCAGGAGCUCUCUGUACUCACUCCAGUGGGAUUGUGCUCAUUUAUUCUUUCCUGUGACUCUCCCUUAGGCUGUCGCCUUACAUUCAUCGUCGUGUAAACACACUUGUUACAUUUGUUAGUAUCAGGUAUGCGAAACAGAGUAUCUGUUAAUUGAGAUUUCUGGAUAUUUUGGUGGUAGCUUCUUUUCCCAGAAUCUGUGUUUUUGAAAUACUGAAUGACAUCCUGUUUAUUCAAUCUAGUGGCCAUGUUGAUUGUAUUAAUUAACUUUUGAUGAGUAUUUUAAAUAUUCUAGGAGAAAACUUAGAAUUUCACAUAGUUUAUGUGUUUUUCCAUGUAACUAUGACCUAAAUGUAUUCCUUCUGAUAAAACAAUAUAUUAAAUGUCACUGUAAAUUAGUGUUGUAUCUUAUCUUGUAAGGUUUGUUUCUCUUGUUUUGUUUUUGGUUGGCAGUAAGAUAUCCACCUGCAAAUUGUUCUCUUCCCUGCUGUACAGCAUGCAUUCCUUUUUUUGUGAUCGUUGGCUAGAUACUAUAUUUAAUGGAAUAGCGAUGAGCACAUGCUACAAAUAUAGCUUUGGAACAUAGAGAUUAUCAUGCACUUAGUGUAAUUUGGUGUAUGUGCUAAUGUAAUGAAUGCGAGAUUAUUUCAGUGAACUAUUUUGCUUUUGUGUUUUAGUUAAAAUGAAAAUAACCGAUGCAGAUGUACAUCACCUAGCAUGGGGUAAUAGUACUUCCAGUUAUGUGGUGAUCAAGAUUUAUUAAGUCUGUGUUGCUGUAUGGCCUCUGUUCAGUAAUCUGCAAUCAAUUUUAGGCCGAAAAUUCUCAUUUUAAUCCAAAGCAAAAAGUGGUUAUACUGAAGCAUAGACCUUGCCUAUGUAAUUUAAAGAAUUAAUAGAGCUGUGUAUACCCUAUUAUAUUAUUUUUGUAAAAAAAAAAAAAGUGUGCGUGUACAUAUAUAUGUAUAUAUAUGCGCAUAUAUAUGUAUAUAUGUAUAUACGAAGUAGGGGAGGCCCUAGGUGGUGACCUCCCAGCCUUCACAGUGCUUUUCUCUGAGAUGCUGGACUUGAUUGCUGCUGGUAAACUGUAUGGAUGCAGGCCUGAGUACUGAGCGCUGUACCAGGUAGAAAGUGUGUCUUUCAAGGACAGGAGUUUUCUGCUUUGCAGUGAGGAAGUAAUAGCAAAGAAACAUUUUUCAAAGAGAGGUUGGACUUUUAAAACGGCAUUGUGAAUCUAAUAAAAAGGAAAGUCUUGCUUUCUCUGA